CACUUUGACUACAUCGGAUUUUCGAGGCCCUGAGCAAGCUCAGGAAAUAUUAUAGCGUACGAACUCGUACGCUAAAGUUGCAAAAAUGUUUUCCUCACUAGCAAUUACACGUAAUCUCAGAACAGGACUUAGGAUCCUCUCGAAAACGUCUGAGACAUCCCUUGUCCCUUCGAUAACUCAAAUUCAGAAUGUCUCAACAACUCCAGAUACCAAAGCCGAUGCAGUUCCAGCGAAAAAGGAGAAAAUCCCUUACAGCCCCUUCCAGAACACGAACAACAUGGCAGAAUAUGCACUAGCUCGUGUGGACGAUCUCCUGAAUUGGGGACGUAAGGGAUCCUUGUGGCCGUUGACCUUCGGUCUUGCCUGCUGUGCUGUGGAGAUGAUGCACAUUGCAGCCCCUAGAUACGACAUGGACAGAUUUGGAGUAGUGUUCAGAGCAUCUCCUAGGCAAGCUGACGUUAUCAUUGUAGCUGGUACACUCACCAAUAAAAUGGCACCUGCAUUGAGGCGAGUUUAUGAUCAAAUGCCUGAGCCCAGGUGGGUCAUCUCCAUGGGAAGUUGCGCUAAUGGGGGAGGAUAUUAUCACUACAGUUAUUCGGUUGUGAGGGGAUGCGAUCGAGUUAUUCCUGUGGACAUUUACGUACCUGGUUGUCCCCCAACUGCUGAGGCACUAUUAUACGGUGUUCUUCAGCUGCAGAAAAAAGUUAAGAGAAUGAAAACCUCUCAAGCCUGGUACAGAAAGUAAUGAAGCAAUAAUGUAAUUCCUGAGUAAUCAAGGUUCAACUGGAUGGAUCGUUUUUGUAGUCACCAAUUAUCGUCGUAAUCAAAUCAACAACGAUCUUUCUUGUAUUUAAACAACAGUUGUAAUUGUAAAUUGCGACGAAACACCUGUAAAAUUGAAUAAAUUUAUGAUUGUUUUUUUUUUCUUCA